CAAGGAGCUACUUCAGGUGAGUGUGCUACUGUCACAUCCUCUCUGGUACUUAUUUUGAAUUGAAUAAUUCCUGAGUUGACUCAAAGAUGGAUGGAUAUAUCGUGUCGUGUUAGUUAUAUUUUGUUGAUCAUACCUAGUGUGAUUUAUUCUUUACACAUGACGAAUUAUUUCGUUCAAAAGAAAAUGUAUUGCACUGAUUUGCAGUUGGUUUCAACUCAUUAUUCACGGACAUAUAACAGAUGCGCCUGGCAUUCCUAUUUAUAAUUGGUAAAGUUGCAGUGGGUCAUCAUCUAACGUUUUCUGUACUGAUGAUUUUGAAACAUUUCAUGAUGGUAGAUUUAGUUGCGUCCUGUUUCCUUCCGAAAAUAAAAAGUCGAGGACUCAAAAGAACACUUUCUAAUUACUACAUUUCGUUACUAAUCAACACAUUCAUCAUGAUAUUGGUGACAGUUGGUUUGGUCGCUUUGUUUGCCAUUAAAGAAAAUAUUUCUGGAUUUUUCACGGGGACCUACUAUCUAAAUUGUAUUGUUAUAUCGGUUGUUGGUAUCGUAUUACUUCUACUUAUAUUCCUAGAGAGAAUUCGUUCGAAUUUUUACGGUCUUCGUAUUCUACUUUGGAUUAUAGUCAUAUUAUGCUAUCGCUUUGAGGAUUUGCUUCCACUUAAUCCCAGAACAAAAACGCGUAUUCUGCAUACUCACAGUAGUUUUGAUUGGACUACUCAUACUCGCCGUGAUAUUUAUUUGUGUCAAUCUGCGAAGAUGGAUAACGUGGUGUUCAAUAGAACAUCUGGAUAUCAUCGAUUCGUGCAGCUACUAAAUACGUGA